AAGGGGCGCUACAUAAAAUGGAGGCACCGCUGGGAUUUUUUUUUUUGUUAAAACUCUGUCAUUUCUUUGAUUUGAGUUACUAAUACCCCCGUUAAAGUGCAAGUUGGUAUAUUUUUGUAUGUCUACUACAUAUUAAGGUGUUUGAAAAAGAAAAUAGUUUAAAUUUUUUUAACAACAGUGAGUGGUCUGGUUCUCAUUGUUAGUGAAGUUUAAUGGCAUUAAACUGUAACUAACUUUAUUACAGCAUUUUGAGAAUAACUGGUUGGAAGACUCAGUUUAUAGUUCAAAGUAGUGUCAUUAGUUAUUAAAAAGACUAACACUAUGGAGGUUAAAACUGUACAUUUGGAGCUGGAGUCUGGUCUCAGAGAGUGGUGUCAGGGGGAAUCCCUAGAUGAAGACCAUGUGGUGCUGGUACUUGUUCCCAAAGGCACAGAAGUUGCUCAGAUUGAAGAAACAAUGGAAACUGUGAAGGCACUAGGACGUGUCAGAGUAAGGGGCCGUAUGUAUAACAAAAAAGUGGAUCGACUAAUGGUGCUGUGUGAGUGCAGAGAGCGGGUUGACCCCACUAAAGUUCCCACUGAUGUCCAACAUGUUUCCACCGGCAUCAGCUGGCCUGUCAUCAUGUCAGCCAGAAGUUCAGCUACUGAAGGAGAUGCACCCGAGUCAUUUGAAGCCCUGUUCCAUACUGCUCCACCAACCAGCUCUCCAGAAUCCAUCAUUCGUGCUAUGGGAGAUGUACUGACAAAGAUGGACAAGCCGUCAGGAGAAAACAGUAGUUAUCGCCGACUGCGAAUGUUCUCUGGCACAUUACCUACACCGGCAGGUGAAGAAACUUUAGAGCAUUGGCUGGAACAAGCUCGCCUGAUGGUCGAAGAGAGCGACUGCUCAGACAAAGAAAAACGCAGACGCUUAAUGGAAUGUCUUAGAGGACCUGCUCUUGCUGUCAUUAAGGCGAUACGAACAGCUGAGGCAGAUGUUUCCCCUUCUAAGUGUCUGGAUGCUAUUGAGUGUGCAUUUGAUACAGCAGAAUCAGGUGAAGACCUGUACUU